AUGUCAACAGAUCACCACGACCCGGCCCAAGACGGCCCAUCAUCAAGCUACCCACCACCCCCAACAACCGACGCCACCAUCGACAUGAUGACAGCCGCCGCCGCAACCACAACAAUCAGCCCCGAGCCGUCACGGCCGCCCGAGCCAACCCCGACCGCGACGCAUCAAGUACACGUAGGGGAGAAGCGCCGACGCGACGAGGCGAGCUACGAACAACACGACCCCGCGCUGUUAAUGGCCGUCGCGGCCGACGCGCGAAGAGGCGAAGAAGAAGGGGGCGGAGGACGGGAAGCCGAAGUUCAUCAGCAGGCGGCGCAACUUCCGAGAGAGAUGUCCAGCUAUCCGGACCUUAAUCUUGAGCUCGAUAGACAGAAACGACACAGGCUGGACGAGGAACAAAUACAAAUCGUACAACAACAGCAGGCGCAACAAUCAUCACAACAACACCCAACGCUAUUGCAAUCACCUUCUACGAAACCCCGAGGUCGCAGAGCGGCUAAUGCCCCGGCCGAAUUCUCCCACGCCAUCAAGACACGACAACAAACAUACACUAGGACAGGACAAGCUUGCGACCGGUGUAAAGUGCGCAAAAUAAAAUGCGACGCCCUCCCCGAAGGCUGCUCAGCCUGCACCACCGCCCGGGUAGAAUGCUUCGUCACCGACCGCGUCUCCGGCAGGACCGAACGCCGCGGCUACCUCCAGGAAGUCGAGCGCGAGCGCGAGCGCAUGCUCCUCUACAUACGCGACCUCGAGCGCAUCAUCGCCGGCGGCACUGAGAUGGACAUCCGGCCGUCGCCUUGGACGGCGAGUUUACCCCCAGGUGGGGAGCUCGCUGUUACGCCGGUUGUUGUGGACGGGGAUGCGCAGGCUGGUUGGGAGCAGGUUGGGUCGGUGCUUGUGAGGGGGUUUAGGAUGAGGCAUGGGGUUCUUAUGGAUGGGCAUGAUGGGGGUGAGAAUCAUGCGUAG